UCCGUUAGCAUCCAGAGCUAGCUGACUGGUUGGGGGAACACAGUGUGCAGGAAGGCGCUCUGCGCACUGUAGGCACGAAUAUAUCGGCGACUUCAAAUAUCCCCUGCUAAUCCUUGAGCUAACCAUUAUCCCUCCAUGCUUUUCCGGGAGAGGAAGAUAACCCUGCACUGCCACCUCAAUUAGCCACCGUGCAAGACUGAUAAGGGAAACUGCGUCUUGCGUGAGGAGACUACCUCUCAGGCAUAAUCUGUUUCUGUUUUGGAGUAUUGAGAACAUAGCUGCAACCUCGACCAGCGUGUAAUAAUGAGGUUACCAAGUCACAGAAAAUGUGUGAUGGAAGGAGAUGGGAAGAAGAUGGACCAGGCUCCUCCAUUCAGAAACCCUUUCGUGCACGUCUUGAAAUUCACCCCCCUGGAAAAGGCAAAGAUUGCGUUAAUGACAGUCACACUGUUCCCCAUCCGUCUACUCAUAGCUGCAUUCAUGAUGCUGCUGGCUUGGCCUUUUGCCUUCCUGGCCUCAGUAGGGCGCUCAGAGACCACCGUGGAACCCCAGUGCCUCUGGAGGAGAGUGGUGGACAUAAUUCUGAAGAUCAUCAUGCGGGUCAUGUGGUUUGCUGGUGGUUUCCAUUGGAUGACUGUGAAAGGGCGAAGGGCAAUGCCUGCAGAAGCACCCAUCCUCACCCUGGCACCCCACUCCUCUUACUUUGACGCCAUCCCAGUCACGAUGACAAUGUGUUCCAUUGUCAUGAAGGCCGAGAGCAAGGAUAUACCUCUCUGGGGCACUCUGAUUAAGUACAUCAGGCCAGUGUUUGUAUCACGGUCAGACCAGGACUCCAGAAAGAAGACCGUGGAGGAGAUCAAACGCAGAGCGCACUCUGGAGGGGAAUGGCCUCAGAUUAUGAUUUUUCCAGAGGGAACAUGCACAAAUAGAUCCUGCCUAAUCACCUUUAAGCCAGGGGCCUUCAUCCCAGUUGUACCAGUGCAGCCUGUGGUGAUUCGUUACCCCAAUAAACUGGACUCAAUCACAUGGACUUGGCAAGGGCCUGGAGCGUUUGAAAUCUUGUGGCUGACACUCUGCCAGUUACACAAUGAGUUUGUAGUUGAGUUCCUUCCCAUCUACACACCCUCAGAGGAGGAGAAAAAGAACCCUGCUCUCUUUGCUAUCAACGUCAGACGUGUCAUGGCUAAAGCCCUUGGGGUACCCAUCACAGACUAUUCAUUUGAAGACUGCCAGCUGGCCAUGGCAGAAGGCCAACUGAGACUGCCAGUCGACACCUGUCUGCUGGAGUUUGCCAAACUCAUCAGGAGACUGGGGCUUAAACCCCAGAACACUGAGAAUGUUCUGCAGGAUUAUGGGAACAGAGCCAGGAAGCUGGAAGGUCAGAAGCUGGACUUGGACGACUUUGCUCAGUUCCUCGAUGUGCCAGUUUCAGAGAUGUUGCGAGACAUGUUCGCUCUUUUUGAUGAGCAUGAAGAUAACUGCAUGGAUAUCAGAGAAUACGUGAUAGCCUUAUCUGUCGUAUGCAGACCUGCCAAAACUCUGGAGACGAUGAAAUUGGCCUUCAAGAUGUUUGAGGCAGAGGAGGACGGUGCCAUUACAGAGAUGGAGUUGGCGGUUAUCCUAAAGACAGCUUUAGGAGUGGCUCACCUCAGCAUGUCACGUCUGUUUACUGCCAUCGAUGCUGAAGACACAGGAAAGAUCACAUAUGAUAAGUUCAAAUACUUUGUGGAGCAGCAGCCAGACUUUGCUGAGGCCUACCUGUACACAGACAACGCAGGCCUCCACAGCGGCCCCUGCCAGGGUCACCAAACAAAGCCCAGUCUGUCUUCCCGGAACCUGCAAGGCACUGCCACCACCAAAACAGCUAACGGCAUCUGCCCUGACUUCAGCCCCAAAGACCAUGAUGGCACAAUAGAUGGACUCCUCAAGAAACACAAUUAAAAGGGUUUGAAAAUGAAAUGUGAGAAGACAACACCUCUCCUGGUGAGAGGAUGUUGUUUUUGGGGGCAGAGGGUAGUUAAGUACUUUUUUUUUGUAUUGUGUCCAUACAACGUCUGUGGUUAUUUUCAACAUGGUAUCAGUUUAUUUUGUUAUGAAUUUCUUUUUUUCUUUUUUUUUUUCUUCACAGCAAGAUCGUCAAAAUGCCAAACAAUGGCUGUUUCAGAUAAAAUGCUUGAAUACUUGAAGGGCAAGCACUUGUAAAAUUUCUUGGGAAAUGUAUCUUUUUUUCUCCC